UGAUAUGUUCCUCAGUUGUCGUCUGACCCGCAGACGAGGAAGAAGGCUGUGAUCAUGGCUGCCUGGAAUGCUCUUCGCAGCGUUAUCACCCUCGCCGCCAUCGUCGUUGUGUCUUGCAACGACUACGACGACCCAGAACAAUGGAUUUUGGCGGUCACUCCUUACUGCGGCAACUCCACGUCUGAUAAUGCAUGGCUCGAAAUUAAGACCGACCUUUCCAUUUCUGCAGAAGCUGUCUGCAAGUCGAACGAGAGGGUUGCGUUUAUGACGAACAAUACCGUCGAGUACUAUGUCCCCCUUUUCUAUGGCGGGUCUACGAGUGGACGCUGCGUGUUCACAAAGAAGACGGCAACGGAGAUGUAUACUGUUCAGGUGACAGUGUCGUGGGGGGAGAGAGGCAGUGAAAUCCAUACACUAGAGAAGACCUAUCAGGUUACAUGUGCAUUCGGUGAUCGAGCGACCAUCGAGUCGCCCAGCCAUGGGAUUGUCGAGCCUUUGAUUGCGCCCAUGGAGAUUCAAAGCCAUGAAGGGGAUCAGUCUAAUUCAGAUAUCGAGGUCCGGUUGAUCGACGUGAUUGGUGGUGAUUUACCCUCCACUGGCAUCCAUGUUGGUCGAAAGGUUCUUUUACAAGCACGGAGUAACGGCGCUGGAAAUGAAUCGGGAAUCAGGCCUGUCGCUUGUGACCUAGUUGGUAUUGCCUCUGGUAAAAAGUACGCCGUUUUAAGAGCUGGAUGUGGUGAUGGUUUAGUGUUCAAGAAAAACCAGGGUUUCAAAACGGACGGUUUACUCUCGGUAAGUCCUCCCUUUAAAAUGAUAUCCCUUGGCAGAGACGUGUCUGUCAAAUUUCGAUGUAAUUUCACGCUGUGUCUUCACAACUGUGAUGGAGACUCCUGCAGAGUGGAAACAAAGCGACGAAGUGUUCAACUUGGUGAUGACUUGUCCACGAUGGCAGAUACGAAUUCCAUUAAGAUUCUUUUGACUACAGACGAUGUGGCAGACUCGUCGUCUGAAGUCAUCAUUGAACUGAAUGGAGAGGUCAAGCAACAGUCAACAACAAAGUCGCCAUCCUCUGAUGGUACAUGCAUUGGAUGUCCAGACCAAUAUUCUUCUCCAACUGACCACUCUGUCGAACAUGAUGUGCAGAAGAAUAUGCGUGAUGGCUUGCCUCCAGCAGACAUUUUACCGAAUGCUAACACGCUGAAGAGAGAAUAUCAGAGGUGGCCUCAGCUAUCUUUUGGAAGCUAUAGUUCGAUGGUGCAGUACGCCUGGCCCUUUGGUCUUGCCGUCUUGAUGGCGAUUGGCAUGUUCUCUACUCUCUUUGUGGCGGUGUUGCUGGUGUGUCGACACAGCAAGGUGGGCCACGGUCUGACGAUUUUGGUGAAAACGACAGUUUGCUGAAAUAGACUUUCUUAUUAUUAAUUCUGAUUAAUUAUUCAUUAACUGUUAAAGUUCUUUAAAUCUGUAUUUGUUACCUUAUUAUUAAAUACGCAAUCGUUA